UGCCUGGGUGCAGUUUAAGCAGUCGGUCAGUGACGCUUCCAUAGCCGGAAAUGGCUACGACUGCUUAGGGUCCGUGCUGGCUUCCCGACCCCGCUGCGGCGGUUAAUGAGUCGGAGACUUGGGAUGGAGGCCGUGGCAUCCGGGACGGUGACGGACGAGUCCGAUGUUGACUGUGUGGAGCCCAGAUGUGUGCACUGGGGGGAGCUGAGCCAGGUUCCUGUUCCAUCUGCAUCCCAGAACAAGGAGGCAAAAGAGAGUAUACCAGGAGUCCCCGAUGGUGACACCUCCCAGGCUGAGAGUCCAGCCGUGAGUGCCAUGCUGCAGGCCAUCGCCGCCAGCCACCUGCCUGUGUGCAGCCAACAGCAGGGUGAGCCUGACCUGACAGAGCAUGAGAAGGUGGCCAUCCUGAGCCAGCUCUAUCACGAGAAGCCACUGGUGUUCCUGGAGCGCUUCCGCACCGGCCUCCGGGAAGAGCACCUGGUCUGCUUCAGCCACCUGCGUGGGGACCACCGUGCUGACUUCUACUGUGCCGAGGUGGCCCGGCAAGGCACGGCCCGACCCCGAACCCUGCGCACCCGCCUGCGUAACCGACGUUAUGCUGCCCUGCGAAAGCUCAUCCAAGGAGGCGAGUACUUCAGCGAUGAGCAGAUGCGGUUCCGGGCCCCGCUGCUGUAUGAGCAGUACAUAGGACAGUACCUCACGCAAGAAGAGCUCAGUGCCCGCACACCGGCCCCCCAGGUCCCCAGGACCGGCUCCCCCAGCAUGCCUGCCUACCCACUCUCUGACCUGCUCUUCCAGUCCUACCAGGAACGAGAGCUGCAGCAGAAGCUGCUCCGGCAGCAAGAAGAGGAGGAUGCCUGCUUUGAGGAGGAAGAGGACAGUGAUGAGGAAGACCAGAGAUCAGACAAGGACUCGGAGUCCUGGGUGCCCGACUCAGAGGAGAGGCUGAUCCUGAGAGAGGAGUUCACCAGCCGCAUGCACCAGCGAUUCCUGGAUGGCAAAGAUGGGGGCUUUGACUACAGCACGGUGGAUGACAACCCUGACUUUGACAACCUGGACAUCGUGGCACGCGACGAGGAGGAGCGAUACUUUGAUGAAGAGGAACCCGAGGAUGUGCCCAGCCAAGAGCUGGAUGGGGACUGAUGGCUCCCACCCUUCCAGCCAGUGACACACCUCACCCAUCCCCCUACAGGCAGCUGAUUACAGGCUGGCUUAGUGACUCAGGGGCCAUCAGGGCAGGCCCCCAGGCCUGGCACACCUCAGACAAUGCCUCCACUUCUGUUUAUGGGGUUCCCAUUUUUCUCCUGGGAAGUCAUUGCCCCUCUCUCCUUGGCCCUACCUCUCUGUCCUUUCUCUUUGAGAUGGGGUCUCACUGUGUAGCUAGCUAGCCUGUUAAUUGCUUUGUAGCCCUGGCUGGCCUGAAAUUCCAUCCUCCUGCCUCCGCCUCCCACACGCUGUGCGUGCACUGGCCUACCAGUCUUGUUCUUAUCCCCUCUCCCCUCCUUCAGCUUCUUAGGUCUCCAACAUCUGUGCAUCCACCCUUCUGCCUUUCUCUGUGUUCUGGGUGCUGUGCCCACACAGAGCCAUGAACGAUUGUGGCAGCUGUCCCAUGGAUUCUAGUGUUUAGAUCAGGCUGCACCCAGAUCUGGGCUUUUCCAUUUCUCUGUGCCCGUGUUCUACACUGGUCCCCUCUCUCCUGUACCUCAGUCUUUAGGCCAGCCUUCUCGUCCCUUCUGUGUCUCCAGGCCUCUGCCUUGCGUCUAUCCCUGUCUCAGCCUUUAUGGCUCUGCUCCUCUAUGUCCCCACCCCCAGGCCUGGCAGCUAUGGGCAGCAGAAUCCUGGGUACCCAGUGAGACUUCCCUCUGGGUGGGAGUCGGGAACCCAGAGGGCACCAGGCUCUGCUGCUCCCUUUGGACCUUGGCUGGGAACCACAGGGCCAGCUUGAGUGUAGGAGGCACUUGAAGAAGGGGGCAGUCCCUACCAGUCCCCCUCCCCAGCCACAAUUUUCCUUUUCUUCACUUCUUCCACCUCCCUCCCCCUCUCCUGUUUACACUCUCCAAGUAUGCAUAGGCUGUUAUCAUGUGUCCUGAGUCAUCUCUCUCUCUCUCUUUCUCUCUCUCUCUCUCACACACACACACACAAACACACACACACAGCCUGCCCUAGUGUCCCUGCCCCCAGCAGGCCACAGGGCCUGCCCCACAGAGCCCCCUGCUGCCUCCGACUAAUGAGAGCCAGAUGGCUCUGUGACUCAGCCAUGGCCUGUGGGAACCCAGACGUCCUACCUUCCCAUGCCCCACACCGGAUCCUGCUGCCCCAGCAGAUAGAAGGGACCUGCACUAUCCCUUCUGAGGAUGGGGGCUAGCGUAUCUGAGCCUGAAGAGGCAAGCUACUCUGAGACAGUUGUGGCCUUCUAUUUGGCUAUACCUGCAGGACCCUCAAAACUGCUUUGUCGAGCUAAAGUCCUGACCCCUGGGACUCACCCAGAGAGCUACUGGGGACAGACGGUGUUGGCAUGAAAGCUUGAAAUAUGGAAAAGACCUCAACAGUUCCACCUGGGCCAGGCUGCCUGAGGCAGUGGUGACACCUCUUGACAACUUGAACCAGACUGUCAACUGCCACUUGUCACAAACGACAAAACAGCCCAGAAAGGCUGUUGAGAUCACCUGGCCUCCCAGGCAGAACCAAGACUAGAACACACUCCUACAGCCACUCCUGCCAGCGUGUGUGGGGGCCGGACAACAGAGGGGACAGAAGACGAUCUGGGAGAGCCCAUGGAAGUGCCGUGGCAUGUGUACGACGUGCUGUUACAGCCCCUGCCCUUGUCCCCGCAGCAGGAGCAAAGAGUGCUCUCUGGGGAGCUGGGUUAGCUUAAGUCUUUUCCCAGUUGAUCAGUGUUCUGUCUGAUUAUUAAAUUGAUUGAAGA